UUGAAACUUGAGCUGAGCUGAGCAGGGCGGGUUUGAAAAAAGAAUUCUUCAUUCUAAAUCUUGUCUUGUGCGGAUGGGUCUUACUUGCUUGCUUGCAUGUGCUACUGCUGCUGCUAUCUGCGCGGGGAUCCGUAUGUUGUAUGUGUAGUUGUGUGUAUGUGUGGAAGUCGGGAUUGAGAGUUUGGGAUGGAUUGAUUGAUUUGACAUGAACAUGACUACUCUCUCUCUCUUACUUAUUUGCUUUGGACGGUUUUCCUGGAAAUCACCUUUGAUUGAUGGGAUGGCAUGGCUUAGAUGCAAUUUCGUCAUGAUAGUAGUGUUCAAGACCAGACUCCGUUUCAUACCCGUGCUAGCUAGCUAUUUUAUACAGCGAGGCACUCAUCCUUAGGUACCUAGGUAAACAAGAAAGAAAGAUGGAGAGAGAGUGU